AUGAAGGGGCUGGUGCUCGUGCUGCUGGUGGCCCUGGCGGGUGGGCAGAAGCGGGACCUGGAGCCCGUUUUCCGCACCGGCCGGACCUACCGCUACAGCUACGAGGGGCUGGUGCUGCAGCGGCUGCAGGGCGGCGGGCCCGCGGCGGCCGGCAUGAGGCUGCGCUGCCAGCUGGAGCUCGGCCGCCUGGAUGGCACCCACCACGUGCUGAGGAUUCAAUCACCUAAGCUGGACGAGUACAAUGGAUUCUGGCCCAGGGACCCCUUCAUCCCAGCAUCAAAGCUCACAGAAACCAUUGCUUCAUGUUUCACCCAAGCCUUUAGGUUUGAAUAUAGUGAAGGAAGGGUUGGAAAUAUUUAUGCUGUUGAAGACUGUCCCAUUAUAUGUAUGAACAUAAUGAGAGGAAUUCUGAACAUCAUGCAGAUGACCCUGAAAAAGUCACAAAAUGUGUAUGAAGUAAAAGAGGAUGGAAUUGAAGGCAUCUGCCAAACCAGAUAUGUUAUCCAGGACAAGCUAAAGAAUAAUUAUGCCACCAUAUCCAAAAGCAAGGAUCUAAGCGACUGCCAGGAUAAAGCAGUGAAGAGCAUAGGAAUGGCUUACAUCCGCCCUUGUCCAACCUGCCCCUUGAAAGUCAGAAACAUUAAAAGCACAGUGAUGUUCACUUACAAGAUGAAGUAUGAUGACAGCGGGGCCGUGAUGACAUCUGCUGUGUCAGAACAGAUGUAUCAGAUUGCUCCAUUCAAUGAACCUGACGGUGUUGCUGUCACAGAAGCAAGACAAAAAUUGACUUUGGUUGACAUUAAAGACACUCCCAUAAGUCCCCCGGAAGUUCAACUGCACAACCAUGGGAAUCUCCAUUACAAUUUCUCAGGAGAACUACUCCAGAUGCCAAUCCAUCUAAUAAAGAUCAAAAAUCCAGAAUUGCAGUUAGCAGAAAUACUGCGAAAAUUAGUUCGGUAUAAUGAAGAAGGAUCCAGCAAAGAAGCUUCAACAAAAUUCUUACAGAUGAUCCAGCUUCUUCGUUUAGUGACCUUUGAUCAAAUUGAGUCUUUGUGGCAGCAAUUUGCAAAUAAACCUCUUUACAGGCACUGGUUUCUGAGUGCAGUGUGUGCUGCUGGAGCUACCGACACCUUCAAAUUCCUAAAGCAGAAGAUUCACCAGGAGGAGCUGAACCUCUGGGAAGCUGCUGUGACGCUCCCUCUUGCCUUCCAUUUUGUUACACCCAAUGAACAAACCCUAGAAAUCGCAUCAACUUUUAUGACAUGUCCCCAAAUCAAAAAGACACCAAUGCUUCGAAUACUUGUUUACCUGGGAUAUGGUUGCAUGGUAAAUAAAUACAGUGCUCAGGCUUCAGUUUUGCCUAAGGAACUUCUUCAGCCUCUCCAUGAUCUUGCUACUGAAGCCGCCAGCAAGGGCCAUGUUGAAGAUAUGUCCUUGGCUGUGAAAGCCAUGGGCAAUGCAGGAGAGCCAGACAGUAUCAAGCGCAUCCUGAAGUUUUUGCCAACAUUUUCGCCUUCUGCUGCAGCAUUACCAAUCAGAAUUCAUGCUGAUGCUGUGUUGGCCUUGAGAAAAAUUGUCAGAAAAGACCCUGAAAAAGUAAGAGAAGCCUUGCUCCAGUUAUUUAUGGACAGUUCACUUGCUCCUACUCCCAGCUUACAGCUAGCCAGUUUCACAUAUUCACACAUGAAGGCUUUGGCAGUAGCCAGGAUCCCACAGCUCUAUAAUUUAUCUGCUGCCUGCAACAUUGCCAUUAAGCUACUAAGCCCCAGACUUGACAGACUCAGCUAUCGUUACAGCAAGGUCAUUCAUGUUGGUGGUUAUUCCAAUGAAUAUAAUGCUGGUGCAAUUUGGAGGGUCUACCUAAUGAAUAAUCCUGGCACUAUAUUUCCAUCUGAUAUAGUCACAAAAGUAAGAGGAUAUUAUGCAAAUACAGCAACAGAUAUUGUUGAGGUGGCUUUCCGCUCACAAAGUCUAAGUAACAUUAUUCGGAAACGUAAUAUUCCCUUUACUAAAUAUGACACAUACAAGACUCUAAAAGAGCUUGGUAAAACGCUUGUGGGGUGGAAAGAGUUGCCUCCUGAAGACCCUCUGGUAUCUGCUUAUGUGAAAAUCCUUGGCCAGGAGAUUGCCUGUGUUGACAUUGGCAAAGAUGUCAUUCAGCAGGCUGUGACGAGCCUAACCAGACCAUCAAGCUGGCAGGCAGCGGUGAAAAAGGUGAUGGACGCGGCCCGCCGAGGCCUUUCUGGAGGGCUGAUGCUGCCGGGGAUGGUGGCCGAGGUGCGGCACGUCGUCCCCACAGCCACGGGCCUGCCGCUCGAGCUCAGCCUCUACGGCGUCGCCCUGGCCCAGGCCGCGGCCACCGUUGAUAUGCAGAUGUCACCACCAUUAUCUGGCAAUUUUAGAGCUUCCCAGUUGCUGGAAGCCAAUAUGGAGCUUCAUGCUGAUAUCAAGCCAAAAGUAUAUUUUCAUGUGAUUGCAAUGAUGGGGAUUAAUACACAGUAUGCCCAGAGUGGUCUUGAAUUUCAUGCGGAGUUCAGUGCCAACACUACAAUGAAAUUUGAUGCCAGGAUAAACAUGAAAGAAAAAAGUUUUAAACUUGAAACCACUCCCUGCCGUCAGGAGGUUGAGCUAGCAUCUGCAAGAAGUGAAGUUUAUGCUAUUUCAAGAAACAUAGAAGUAGAUUCAGAGAAGAGAUCCCAUAUUCUCCCUGAAGGAGAAGUACCGAGUAUCCCUGAGCAGCCGUUUCAGUCAGCAGAAAUGUCCUCUAGAGAGCAAAGUGAGAAGCAAAAAAAUAAUCCUAGUGUGAUAUCGAAGGGCUACCAGCAAAGCUCAGAAGACACACAUCACCACAGUGCAGGAGGAAGAUCAAACGCACACACCUUCUGCAGCAAAUUAGCCAGUCUGGGAUGUUAUGCUUGUCUCAGCCAAAAAUCACGAGAUGCUGCUUUCUUAAGGAAUACGUACCUGCACAAAUUUAUUGGAGAACGUGAAACCAAAAUAAUGUUGAAACCAGUUAUUGCAGAUGCUGAUAUUGAAAAAAUACAGCUGGAGAUUCAGGCAGGAUCCAGAGCAGCUUCCAAAAUAAUUGACGUGGUAAACUCGGGGUCUGCAGAAAAGAAUGCAUCAUCUCUAUACGAGGACAUUAAAGCUAAACUGAAGAAGAUUCUAGGCAUUGAAAAGGUCUUCAAGGUCACAAACAAAACACGGUCCCAUAAGAAACAGAUUCCUAGUAAAAACAAGGCUGCAGUUACAGACCUCUGGAAAGAGCCCAAUGCAGCCCCCUUCUCUAGUUCAUCCUCUUCUUCCACUGCUUCCUCUCCUGAUGGCAAGGAGCCCAGAAAUGACCAGGAGAAAGGUGCAGCGAGGCAGUCUGGAAGGAAACGUGGCAGCAGCAGCAGCAGUAGCAGCAGCAGGAGCACCUCUGGCUCUGCUAACAGUAACAUCUGCAGCAGCAGCAGCAGCGGAGAGCAUCCCUCUGGAAACAAGCACUGCAGCGAGGACAGUGAAUAUUCCAACCCACAGGCCAAUCUAGCUAUUUACCAGUUUUGGUUCAAGCCAACCGAUGAACAGCCUAAAUUCUUGGGUGACAUUAAACCACCAAUAUUGGCUGUAGUUCUUCGUGCCAUCCAAAAAAAUAAGCACCAGGAAGGAUUCAAGCUCGUGCUCUACACUGAUAUAGAGCCCACGAGCGCUAGGAUACAGAUGUUUGUUUCGAGCAUCGCCGAAUCAAGCAGAUGGAAACUCUGUGCUGAUGCUUCAACAAUAAAUCCCCACAAAGCGCUGGGGUCUGUAAAAUGGGGUCACGAUUGCCAGGAAUAUAAGAUUGCUACUAAGAUUGCAACAGGGCAAUUUGCUUCUAAUCCAGCUAUGCAGAUGAAGCUAGAGUGGCCCAAAGUACCUUCAAGACUGCGAAGAGCUGCAAGAUGGUUCUACGCAUUUGUUCCAGGAGCUGCAUAUAUGCUUGGGUAUUCCCAAAGGCAGCAGCACAGUCCCUCUCAUCAGGCGACCUUGGUUGUGGCUCUGACGUCUCCAAGAAGCUUUGAUGCGGUUCUCAAGCUGCCUCAGCUCACAAUUUUUGACAGAGGCAUAAGGCUUCCCCUGCCAUUCCCUUCAAGACGAAGUACACCAACUUCAACACUGCCAUCCUCUGACUUGAACUUCUUUUCCAAAGCAGCAUUUUCAAUCACUGAAAAUCUUAAAGCUCGUUGUUCAGUUUCCCAAAAUACGAUCACAACCUUCAAUGGAGUUGAAUUUAAUCAUUCAAUGCCUGCAAACUGCUACCACGUCUUGGCUCAGGAUUGUAGUCCAGAACUGAAAUUCCUGGUCAUGAUGAAGAGAUCGGACGAGUCUGAUGAUCUCAUAGCAAUAAAUAUCAGACUUGCCAGUCAUGAGAUCGACAUGUACGUUUCCAAUGGACUCACCCAGCUGAAGAUAAAUGGUGUUCAGACUCCAACAGAUGUUCCAUACACGUCUAAUUCUGAUGCAAGCCUGCUUAUCAGCAGUGAAAAUAAAGGCCUGUCAUUAAAAGCCCCUGACUAUGGCAUAGAUCAACUAUAUUAUGAUGGACAUACACUAGAGAUUCAGGUUGCUUUCUGGAUGGCUGGGAAAACGUGUGGUAUUUGUGGAAAGUGUGACGGUGAGAAGGAAAGGGAAUAUCAAAUGCCUAGUGGAUAUUUAGCUAAAGAUGCAGUGAGUUUUACUCAGUCUUGGAUUGUCUCAGAAGACCCUUGUGCUGGAGCUUGCAAGCUGCAGCACAAGCUUGUGAAAAUUGAGAAGCCUGUUGCAUUUGAAAAGAAGGCCUCAAAAUGCUACUCUGUUGAGCCAGUUCUACAGUGCGUAGAGGGCUGUUCAGCAACCCAAGUUGUUCCUGUAUCUGUUGGUUUCCACUGUGUACCAGCUGGUGAGUCUGUAGAAUGUGUAUCUGUCCACAGCAUAGUGGGAAUAUCUGGAAUGAGUCCUGCUCCCAUAGAGCUCCUUGCUCCUCAUCCUCUGCAUGGUGAGACAGAACCUGGCUAA